CACAGCCACUACUGUCGAUCGAUUGAAUUUGAACCCACCAGGAUCAGGAUUAGGAUUACAGCAUGUCGGCGUCCCCGGAGUUGUACAGGCCCGCGGAAGCGCCGGCCUUCUCGCCGUCCUGCGCCACGCAGCCGCUCGUGUUCGCCGGCGACGACUACUGCUGCAGGACGCCGACGGGCAGCGGGAUCUGCUACCUGAGGGAGCCCACCACGUGCCCGCCCGCGCCCCGGAAGCCGCCGCCGCCGCCGCCCAUGUGCAGGAAGCGCCUCUUCCAAGCGGCGGAUCAGCAGCUUGCUGAGGCGGGCCCCGUCCCUGUUAUCAGCAUCCGCCUCGACGAGCUGGAGCGCCUCUUCCGCCCCUGUCCGCCGCCGACCACCACCACCACCGACAAGCGGCGCCGCUCCGGCUCCGGCCCCAGCCCCAGAUCCGCCACGAAACAUGGUGCUCAGCUGCAGCUGCGCAGCAUGAAUUGAAUUGGGUUAGCGUAACGUAGCUUGCACGCACCAACCAACCACUCCCUUUUUAGUUUUUGCUGCUGCAUCUGUCUGCUUCUUGUUGCUGCAACAAGCAAAGCGCAAGCGGUGGCGCUUCUUUUUAUUUAUUUAUUUAUUUAUUACGGAGUACUUGCUUCCGUUCUCAAAUAUUUGUCAUUUGAUAGUUCAUUUCAAAAAUUUGACAAAUAAAAAAGAACGACGAAGCAAGCAGUACCCACCUGUGUAAAUCAAAUCAAAUAUGCAAAGUUACCGCCAUAGCAAUAAAAUCACCCGUGUAAAUCAGAUC